AUGACAGAAGGAAAAGCUGUUGGUAUUGAUUUAGGAACGACAUACUCUUGUGUCGGUUUAUGGCUAAACGACCGAGUUGAAAUUAUUGCAAACGACCAGGGUAAUCGAACGACACCUUCGUAUGUUGCUUUCACCGAUACAGAGCGUCUGAUUGGUGACGCCGCAAAAAACCAAGUCGCCAUGAAUUCUUAUAAUACUGUUUUUGGUACCAAACGUCUUAUUGGUCGUAGAUUUACUGAUCCUGAAAACGGUAAACCACACAUUCAAGUCGAAUUUAAAGGUGAAACUAAACUAUUUGCACCUGAAGAAAUUUCGUCUAUGGUUUUGGUUAAGAUGAAGGAGACUGCCGAAGCCUUUCUUGGUACAAAAGUUACGAAUGCAGUUAUUACAGUUCCUGCAUGUUUCAAUAAUUCACAACGUCAAGCUACGAAAGAUGCUGCUAUGAUUGCUGGAAUAAAUGUUCUCCGUAUCAUUAACGAAUCAACAGCCGCGGCUAUCGCUUACGGUUUAGAUAAGAAGACUGCUGGUGAACGAAAUGUGUUGAUUUUUGAUUUAGGUGGUGGUCUUUUUAAUGUUUCUCUUUUAACCAUUGAAGAUGGAAUUUUCGAAGUCAAAGCUACUGCAGGUGAUGCACACCUUGGUGGUGAAGACUUUGAUAAUCGUCUUGUUUAUCACUUUGUUCAAGAAUUUAAGCGAAAAUUCAAGAAGGAUCUUACUACAAAUGCUCGAGCUUUACGUCGUCUACGAACUGCUUGUGAACGUGCAAAGCGUACUUUAUCUGCAUCACCUCAAACUUCAAUAGAAAUUGAUGCCCUUUUCGAGGGUAUCGACUUUUACACUUCCUUAACUCGUGCUCGAUUUGAGGAACUAGAUCAAGAUUU